GACAUCUCCCACUUGCUGGCUAGCACCUCUGGAGACCUGUACACUGGAGAUGUUUUCAAGGAGGACAUGGAGACAAACGGGACCAAGUCCCAAGGAGGAAACAGUGUUUAUGACCAGAGUUUUACAGAGGAGCUACAGAAGCUUCUUGCUGAGUAUGAGCGCCGAUUGACAGAAGCUGACAAAGUAGAAGGGCACAUCAUUCACGCUCAGUGCCAAGCCAAAGCUGAAGAAGAAAGGGCCCUAAACCUGCUGGAGGCAGAUGCAGGGGAACAUUUCCACAAAAUGGGGCUGCCACCAGUGGCAUCCUCUUUAAGGUGGAUUGUGGAUAACAAACUUCUCAGAAAACAUAACUUAAUCUGCCCUGAGGAUUGCAUCACUGUUAAAUUACCUCUUACUAAAGCACCAAAAGGGAAAUCAGAACCUGGGUACUUGAAAGAGACAUUUAGUUUUAAGCGGCACAUUUCUUCAGGCUCACUGGACCAGAUUAUAUACCUGCCUGAUAGUCUGACAAGUGUGUCUUCACCUCUGCCCUCAACUGCAGACUCCAGCCACCAGAGUAAAAAGGUGAGUAAGAAAACUAAAGCCCCACAGAAACCAGCCUGGAAAGAGAGUAAGUUCCAAGCAGAGGGAGUGAGUGAGUACCGUGCCAGACUUGAGAAAAGGCAGAAUUACUUGAAGAACCCACGCUUUUUCCCACCAAAUACUCUUCAGGGAGGCAAUUCUCUUGUCAUUUCGCAAGAAAAAGUGGAACAAACCACAGCCAGAAGAAAAGCAGAAGGCACCAGAGGUGUUGCCUCAUUUGUUCCUGUGUUUCUUGCCAACCCACCUGCUGUUCUGUUUUCUUAUUCUGAAGUUGGGCAGGUUUAUGAGAUGACUCUAGAGCUAAAGAACAUCACUUCAACAAGUCAUCAUUUAAGAGUUAUCCCCCCCUGCUCUUCAGUAUUUUCCAUUGGGCCAGGAAAAUUUCCAGGAAAGGGAGGAAUGAUAGCUCCUGGGAUGGCAUGCCAGUAUACAGUCCAAUUUAUUCCUGAGUAUCUAGAAGAUUAUGAAGAUCAUAUAUUAGUGGAGACUCUAUCAGAACCUCUUCUGAUCCCGAUCCAAGCUAAAAGAUCACUUCCAGUGUUAGCAUUGCCUCACAUUAUAGACUGUGGUUCCUGCCUUGUUGGAGGAAUAAAAGCAACAACAAUUUUGUGCAGAAAUGAGGGAAUUAGGACUGAGAAGUUCUGUAUAAUGCCGAAGAAUGCCUGGCCACCUCCUAAUUCCAGGGCUGUUACCACUGUUGAUUUUGUGAUACAAGAUCCUUUUGGGAUUCAGCCUGCUGUUUUGGAGCUAGCUCCAGGGCAGAGUACAGCAGUAGAGGUAAUGUUUUUCCCUUCUUUGCCAGAAGACUCACAGCAAACAUACACCGUUGUGUGUGACAAUUGUCGAGUCAGUGAUGUUACAGUCACAGGGGUUGGAGAGCUGGUUGCUGUGGAGCUUCUGUCCGUCACGGGUGGAGAAAGCAAACCUGAACUGGGUGAAGUUACUGAUGUAACAGCACAGCAUCUCAUACGGUUUGACCCCCAAAACCCACACACCACCGAGAGGAAGAAACUGGUUAUAAGAAACUCUACCCGUGUAGAACUUUCCUUCUUCUGGCAGAUAACAAAGCCUCAUCUGAGAUCAUUAAUACCAGAAGAAACUGCAAACUUCACAAGGGUCAAAUACAAUCAAGAUACAGAGUCAGCCUUCUCCCUAAAUCCUGAGCAGGGAGUUCUGUAUCCCUGUGCAGAUCAUGAGUUUAUUCUCACUUACAGUCCACAGGAGCUGAAGAGUUAUCACAGUGUGAUUCAGAUGGUAUUGAGGGACAUCCCAGUAUCACCUUGCUUAGUAAAAGAGGGGAUGCUUCAAAACAUCCCAGAAUGCAAAGCAGAGGAUGUAAUAGCACUGGAGAUAGAAGUUAAAGGAUCAACAGAACCAUUUCAUCUUCUGCUGGAGCCAUAUGCCAUUAUCAUCCCUGGAGAAAACUUUAUUGGUGUAAAUGUCAGGAAAACAUUUAAGAUGUGGAACAACAGCAGAUCAUUGAUCAAGUACACAUGGGAUAAAAUCACUGCCUGUGAGAUCAUGGAAGUUGAGCCUCAUACUGGUGUCAUAGAUAUGAAUAAAUGCUGUGAAUUUGAACUGAUAAUUACUAGAAGCAAACCUGGGGUCAUCAGCCAUAACCUGCAGUGUAACAUUGAGCCCUGUCCAGAGCCAGUUCUGCUGCAUGUUGAAGCUGCUUUUAAGGGUCCACUUCUUUGUAUGGAUGUUGCAUCACUCCAGUUUGGUUUGAUUAAGCAGGGUGAGAGUGCAUUAAGAACCUUUGAGAUUAAAAACCUGUGUCAGCUGCCAGCACAGUGGAGAAUACAAGAAAGCCAGGUUUGUCUAGCUAAAAGGAAUGAAGAGGUAUCUCCCUUUACCAUCCAGCCAUCAGCUGGAGAAAUACCUCCUCUGGGUAUAUGCAUUGUGUCUGUUCAGUUCACAUCACUGAAGUGCCAGCGCCUCCAGACAGUAUUGGAACUCGAGGUAGAAAAUGGAGAAGGAAGUCAUCUUCCUGUUUUUGUUGAAGUUCAGACCCCCCAAGCAUGCCUGCUAUCUAGUCAUCUAGUAUUCCCUGAAAUUUAUACUGGAGUUCCUGCAAGAGCAACCAGUAAACUUUAUAACCAGACACUGCUGCCAACAAAAUACUUAUGGGGAAAGCUCAUUGGAAGCCAGGCAUCUUCCUGCUCAGUCACUGUCUCCCCUGCCAGUGGCACCUUAGGCCCAAAUGAAGAGAAAGAAUUCUGCAUAGAGCUGUCAGCUGACAUUGUGGGUGAGCUGAAAGACCUUGUCCUUUCCUGUAGCAUAGAAGACAUGACUGAACCCCUCUUUCUAAGCAUUUCUGGAGGAGUCAAGGGACUGCAUGUCACUUACUCAGUACCUCAUGACAGUGAAGAUUCCAGUGAGGAAAGACAAAUGUCACAAAGCCCAUGUGAGCUUCUUCUGGAUUUUGGCUCUGAAGUUGCAGUCAAAGACAUUGUAAAGCGUCAGCUAGUGCUUACCAAUUCCACUGGAAUCAGUGCUCCAUUCACACUGGAACCUGAGUAUUUUACUGCCUGUUCACCAAAUCCAGAACAAAGAUGCUGCCUCUCCUCAAGCUACGUGGUGAAAAGAAGAGGGCCUGUCACAAAACAUGCAGCCAGAAAAGCACAGGCAGAGUUUGCAGCAGCAGUGCUGUCCCACGGGAAGGGAGUAGCUUUCCAUGUACAACCUUCCAGAGGAACUCUGAAAGCCUUCCAGCAGCUCAUCAUAGAUGUAACAGCUUACAACAACAUGUGGGGAGAGUACCAGGAUAAUCUUGUCUGUAAGGUGGGAGACUUGCAGCCUAAAUUAAUUCCUAUGCAAAUGACUGUGAAAGGCUGUCCAAUCUUCCUGCAGAUGACAGGACCACUAACAGAGCCACCUGUAAUCAGGUUUGGCACUCACGUCUCAGGAGGGUCUUCUGUCUUUCGGAGAGUCCAGCUGAACAAUCCCUCCCCCUUUGACAUCCGCCUGGACUGGGAAGUUUACAACCAAGAGCAAGAUGAUGAAAAGCUGGUUGACCUGUUGAUUCACUUUGGAGACCCUUUUCCUCUUAAGAACAUGGAUGAAAAUGAGACUGCAUCAAGUGGCAGCACCUCAGAGUCAGAGAUGGUGUUAAAUUUGGAUCAGACUUCUGUUCCCUGUGGAAGCAUUUAUCCAACUUUGCACACCACGGAUGAGCCUCCAGAAUGUGACAGCAAAGAGAAGAAAAUCAUCAGUCAGGAGCCUACAACAGAGAAAAUCAUCUCUGUGCUUAUACAGCCUCACGAAGGGGUUCCUGCAGACAGUCCCUACUCCAUUACUCCAAGACAGAUAGUGAUUCCAGGAGGUGGCAGCAGCUCCGUUUGCAUCUCCUUCACCCCGCGCGUCCUCCCGGAGACCACGGCUGAAGUGCGGUGUGAAGGGUUUGUGCUGGGCUUCGUGAGCCUGGACGAUAAGCUUGCAAGGACAGUGCCUGACAAGGUGCAGCGCAGACACGGCUAUGAAGCUACACCGCUACGCGUGGACUUGGAAGGUUCCCUGAGGCAUCCUCUGUUAGAAGUAGAGAUGGAUCAUGACAGAGGAAUGGUGUUUUAUUCCAUGGCAAGUGACCUCCUACCUGCUCACCCUCUGUUAGGAGUUUUGACAGAUUCUGUAAUGACUCAGAGUUUGAAACUCACCAAUUGCACCAAGGUUCCUUUGCACUUCAGGCUCCUUCUGUCUCCUCCCUUCAGCCUGUCCAGUCCAGAUCUCAAAAAGAGCACCAAAACAUCCCGCAACAAGAAGGAGGAAAGAGAACAGCAACUGCAAUAUGUACUUUAUCCACAGCAAAACAUGCUGGUGAAAGUGUCAUUCCACACAACUCUGGAGUUACUUACGUAUCAAUGUUUGCCAGAUACCCAGCUGCUUCCUGGAUUCCAGGUUCUCAAGUUGGAGAAUGGAGAGAGAAAAUUGAAGUUUAAUGAGAAUCUGGUCAUUGAGCACAGUAACCACAGUACCCAGCUGGUCCCAGUGACUGCAUACCUCACUGUUCCAGUCCUGGAGCUAUCUUGCAACACAGUUGAUUUCCAGACCUGCUUUAUUGCACAGACCAAGACAGAACAUGUCUUCUUGUGGAACAGGAGUGGUUCUAGAAGCUGCUGGACUGCUGUGCUGGAACAGGAAAGGCCUGAAGACCUGGAGGUAUUUUCCAUCUCCCCAACUAAUGGCAUUUUGGAGGCACGUAAAGGGGAUGCACCUACCAGAGAGAUUUUGAGGAUCAGCUUUACUGCGAGGAGCAAUAUUGACUAUGAAGCUGUUGUGACCAUUACUGGAAUUCUAGGAGAGAAGCCUUGCAAGCUGCACAUCAGAGGACAAGGCACAUAUGAUGGGAAGGAUGAAGAUCUUUAA